AUGGAUACUAGGGAGAAUACAUGUCUAGAAGAAGUGCCGGGCGAUGUCCUUGUAGAUAUUUUCUGCAGACUUCCCAUGAAGACGUUGGUCCAAUGUAGGGGCGUAUGCAAAGAAUGGCAGGAUUUGCUUUCAAGCCCUAUAUUUGUCAGCUUCCAUCUCUCGAGAUCGGUCACUGCCCUCGCGACAGGAGUAAGUCCAGACUGUUUAUUUUUCGAGCAUUUAUCUAGAGAAGAUAAUGUAAUGGUAACGAAAUUGGGGAUGGAGUUUGAUUUUAAUGGCGCGGCUUCCUUGAAUGGCUUAAUAUGCUCGUGGAAUUACAGGGAAAAACGAGUUAGUGUAUCUAAUCCAAUCAUCGGAAAGCGCAUAACUCUUCCCGAAAGCCAAAAGGAGUAUGGCAUUUCACACUUCAAACCCAUGCUGAGGAUUGGAAUUAGUCCAGAGACAGGCCUAUACAAGGUGCUUAAAAUUCAACCCAGAAGAGAAUCCCGGUCAAAAACCAAAUGGGCAGCAGAGAUCUGUACGCUUGGAGUUGGUGCUGUCACUUGGAGAAACAUUGCAGAUGUCCCACAGAAAUUUUUGUUUUGUACGACACUAGAUGGCACUUUUUUCAACGGAGCAUUCCAUUUUAUUUUCACUCGAGAUAGCCCCGAAUUCAAUGACUAUAUCUGUUCCUUUGAUUUUGACAAUGAGAAGUUCCAGUCAAAUUUGGAGCAACCUAGUCCUCCCUUGGAUAAUGAAGAGUGUCCUGAGUGGUUGGGUCUGGGAGUAUUGACAGAUUGUCUCUCUGUAUCCAACAUCUAUGGCCUCGGCAAUGGAAAUCCAGAUAUUGAAGUGUGGGUGAUGAAGGAGUAUGGUGUCACCAAAUCAUGGACAAAAGUGUUUGCUUUAGAGAACCCAAUGGAAACCUUAUCGUCACCUAGUGGUUUCAAGAUCAUCAAAUUCUUGGAGACUAUUGGGAUUCAUUCAAGAUUCUUUGCACUUCUGUAUGUUCCCAGUUUUGUUUGGCUUGAAGAUGUUGAGGUGGGAGAAAGCUCAAGAGAAAUCGAGCAGUGCCUUUCCGAGCUCUAG